AUGUCUGCUUCUAGCUCAAAAUCAUCGAAGAAGAGCGGUAAGCGCCUGGCUACCCUCGAGGAGGUCUCCCUGGGUUCUGUUGCCCAGGAGGGGGCGCCGGUUGCGGAGAAAACCUUCCGGGAUGAGAUCAUCGCCAUUGCCGAGAAGAAGUAUCAGGAGUAUCUCUACCGGAAGGCUCAGGAGAAGGCAUACUCUAAGGCCCACGCGGCUUUCGGGAGGUCACUUCGCGUGGGGAGCCCGGUUGAGAGAAGGAGCCAGGCGAUCGCCGGGAAGUCCCUUCACAUUAGGGACUCAGCAGAGAGAAGAGCUCCCAAGCCACAGCCUUCGGCUCGAGAGCCGAACACUGGUGCUCCUGGUGCCAGUACUUUCGGCUCCGGUGUUGAAAGAUUGCCAUUCCAUUUGCCUGGAGAUCAUACAGUAAUAUUCGGAGAAAAAGAUUAUGUUGAUGAUGUUCUUUCCAAGCCUGGAAUAAGACAAACAAAGUUCACUGAAUGGUUGGAGACAAAUAAGAAAAAUAAUGAUGCACGAGAACUUAUUCUAAUUUUCCUUCAUAUUGGGUUUGGAAUUCAAAAGAAAAAAUAUGGACAAGGAGAAAAAAUGGUGUGGCUAUUGGAAGAAUUUACUUCGCACAUCCUUCAACUGGAAAAGGAAUUAAGACACCUUUUUGUCACAAUACUCAUUCAUUGUCAAGUUUCAGAUGCAUUACAAGUUUGGAAAUCUAACUAUACUACACUAUCAGAAGAUAUAAUUUCAUUGCAAAGGAAAAGAUUUAGAAACAAAGAUCUUCAAUUAACUGAACAACAAGUUGAAUCAUACACUCUAUACGAAAUUGAAAUGAUAAUGUUGAAGAUGGGAAAAAGUUUGAAAGACAUAGAUGGAAUGUCGUUUCCUAAUUCUUCAUUAAUAAGAGAUUUAGGUAAUAGACUAAUCAACGAAGAACUUGAUUAUGACAGAGAACAAUUAAAUAUAUUGCAUGAGAAAUCAUUUGCUUCUCUAAAUCCUUGCCUAAAGUCAACUUAUGAAGCAAUAAUGCAUUCUGUAGAAAAUGAACAAGGAAAUUUAUUUUUUAUCAAUGGACAUGGUGGCACUGGUAAAACAUUUUUAUGGAAUACAAUUAUUGCAAAGCUUAGGUCUCAAUCCAGAAUAGUCUUGCCUGUAGCAACUUCAGAAAUAGCUGCUUUGUUAUUGCCUAAUGGUAGGACAGCACAUUCAAGAUUUCAUAUUCCUUUAGAUGUUACAGCAGAGUCAACUUGUGAAAUUCGUCAAGGUACCCUAUUAGCUGGACUUCUAAUGAAAACUUCAUUGAUCAUUUGGGAUGAAACCCCUAUGGCAAAUAAAUUCUGUUUUGAAGCUUUAGAUAAGACCUUAAGAGAUAUUCUAAGAACAAGGUUUGAAAGUAGCUUUAAAAAACCUUUUGGAGGACUUACAAUAGAAUGCGGUGGUGAUUUUCGACAAAUAUUACCAGUUGUUCCAAAAGGUACAAGAGCUGACAUCGUUGGUGCUUCUCUCAACUCAUCAUACUUGUGGCCAUUUUUUAAAAUAUAUGAGCUCAACCAAAAUAUGAGGCUCUAUAAUGGAAGUUUAAGUGGAUCUGAGGCUGCUAAAAUAGCUACUUUUGAUAAAUGGAUGUUCCAGAUAGGAGAUGGUUCAUUAUAUGAUGACAUUGAUAGAGAAUUAAUUAAACUUCCUUCUGAUAUAUGCAAAAAUUCAUCUCAAGAUCCAGUGAAAUCCAUAGUUGAAGCUAUCUACCCAUCGCUUUUACAAAACUACAACGAUCCUGCAUAUUUGAAAGAAAGAGCAAUAUUAACACCAAAAAAUGAAAUGGUCCAUGAAUUGAAUGAAAUAAUUAUGAAUAUUAUACCAGGUGAAGGCAGAAUAUAUUAUAUCUCAGACACUAUAUGUAAAGCAAGUGUAAGGACAAGUGAUGAUGAUCUUUUGUAUUCACCUGAAUUUUUGCAUAGUUUGAAAUUUAAUGGCAUACCAAAUCACGACAUUCGACUUAAGGAAGGUGUUCCAGUAAUGCUCCUUAGAAAUCUAAAUCAAACAGAAGGCUUAUGCAAUGGCACACGAUUGAUUGUUACACAUCUUGGAAAAUGGUCCAUUAGAGCUGACAUUAUUUCUGGAACAAAUAUCGGUCAAAACGUCACAAUCCCAAGAAUUAUCAUGUCUCCCAACGAAUCAAAAUGGCCAUUCAAGCUUAAUAGACGACAUCUUCCUUUAGCACCAUGCUUUGCUAUGACAAUAAAUAAAAGUCAAGGACAAUCUCUUAAACAUGUUGGAUUAUAUCUCCCUAAGCAAAAAGGAAGGGACAACAUCCUUCUAGUAAGGUUUUGUUCCCAUGAUGAUGGAUGA